GGAGAGCCGAGGCUAGACGAAAUUGUGCCGGUGUGCGAGAAACUCCCGCCAUUUCGACAAGGAACAAACCUCUUCAAGAUAUCGUUUUCAAGAACCACCCACAUUGUUUUUUUUGUUUUGUUUUUUUUUUUAUCAAAAGAAGAAGAGACAGUAGGAAAGUACAAGAAAGACCGAUAACUCUGCGUGAGCAGCCAAUUAAACGAGCGAAUUGUUGUUCGUGCCAGACCUCCUGCUGGACGGUGGCUGUUGCCGCGAAUUUGACUUAGGCUUUGGUUGCAUCCUGACAGCUCAACCGGGGAGCUCGAAGUUCACCGAAUAUCUUGACACGACCACAAAAAAAACCAACACAAAAAAAACGUGUUGUGUAUCCGGGACAUACCUCGCAAGCACUAUGGCGUCACGGCUAAAUCAGAGAAGAGGAAUUCGAUGAGGAGGCGCGCAAGAAGGAACACUUUUUGUUUUGCAACGCGAUAGCAAACCGGGCUACGAACUAGCCUGCUAGCUGCUACACGUUGACUUCCGAGGCCUACCGGUGAUACCGUGCUACAUGCUAUCAGGCGCCGGGAUACGAGCUAAGGUCAUAUUAUCUCACUUCGGUGUGUUAAAGUGAUUAUUUAACUAUACAGCCGCCAUUUGAUUUACAAUGGCGCCGCUUUUGGGCCGGAAGCCUUACCCGUUAGCUAAGCCGUUAGCCGAGCCACUAGGCCCGGGAGAGGAGGUCUUCAUUAUCGAGCACACCAAGGAGGCCUUCAGGAACAAAGAUGAGUAUGAGGCCCGCUUGAAGAGAUAUGAUGAGCGUAUCUGGACGUGCAAGAGCACCGGAAGCAUUCAGCUGACACACAAAGAAGCAUGGGAGGAGGAACAAGAAGUUACAGAAUUGCUUCAGGAGGAAUAUCCUCACUGGUUUGAGAAGCCAAUCCUGGAGAUGGUCCACCACAAUACAGUGUCUUUAGACAAAUUGGUUGAAAUGGCCUGGGUAGAAAUUCUCACAAAGUAUGCUGUUGGCGAAGAGUGUGACUUCACGGUGAGCAAAGACAAAAGUUUACGAGUGAAGGUGGCAAAGUUUCAUCCCCUUGAGCACCCUGAGGGUGAAGCUGGAGAGAAGAAGCUUGAAGGUGCCUGUGAUUCUCCAUCCAGUGACAAAGAGAAUGCCAGUCAAGAGAACCAGAAGAAGGAACCUGCCCUCAGAGAGGAGGAGAACAGGAGAGAGAGUCUCAGUGAUACAGCACGGCGUUCACCAAGAAAACUUUCCACUGCCAUGAAGGAAGAAAAGAAGAGGUGGGCAAUUCCCAAGUUCCUUCCUCAUAAGUAUGAUGUCAAGCUCGUCAAUGAGGACAAGGUAAUCAGUGAUGUACCAGCAGACAGUCUUUUCAGAACAGAGCGCCCUCCAACCAAAGAAAUCAUCCGCUACUUCAUCAGACACUAUGCACAGAGGCUGGGCAUGGGAGAGAGUGCACCCUGGGUGGUUGAAGAUGAAUUAGUGAAAAAGUUUAAUUUGCCCAGUAAAUUUAGCGACUUUCUUCUUGACCCACACAAGUUUUUGGCUGAGAAUCCAUCUGCCAAGCGCAAGAGUUUGACAUCUCCUGAAGGUAAACCAAGGAAGAGGCUGAAGACACCUGGUACACCGGGAGAGGACUCUGGAAUUGUAAAAGGGGAGAAGAAAAGAAAAGGCAAGAAAGAUGCUCUCGGGAAGCCCCUUAGUCCAACCAUCUGGGGUCACAUACAGAAAAUACAAAUGAAUGGUUCGCCAUUAAAAGUAAAAAACUCUGGAACACCCAAGAAAGGAGAAGGUAAAAGCUCAGCCCUUUCCAGUCCAAAAUCUGUUAAAAAAUCUGGAGACAAGAAGGAUGGAAAGAAGCCUGGAAAGAGUGGUGAUAAGAAUAUUCUUAAAGGUUAUGGGAAAGAUACAAAAGCAAGUGUCAAGCCACCGAAGAUGAAGCAGAUGACCCUUCUGCAGCUAGCUAAGAGCCCUGCUGCAGGCAGCCCCAAAAAACGACCCCGCAGCAGUAGCACAGGGACUGCUAAACUAGGGAAGCCUUUACAUCCAAUGGCGCUCCACCUUCUUCGUUACUAUAAGGAGAACAAGGGCAAAGAGGACAAAAAGAAUUUCCUCUCUGCCCUCAUCACAAAGGCUGCGAAGGCCUUGGCACCAGAUGACCGUGGCAGACUGCCCGAUGAGCUAAAAGACCUGGUGGAGAAACGCUGGGAGAGAUUGGAGCAAAAGAAACGCUGGGCCGCCAUGAGUGAAGAGGAAAAGCAAGAAGAAACGAAAAAGAGGCGUAAUGAUCUCAAAGAGAAACUGCGUGAAAAAGCCAAAGAGCGGCGCGAAAAGGAGAUGCUACUCCGUCUUGAACAGUCGCGUCGUUACGAGGACCAGGAAAUUAAAGGUGGCAAGACGCUACCGACAUUUAAGCUUGUUGAUAUGCCCGAGGGGCUGCCCAACACCCUUUUUGGGGAUGUUGCUAUGGUUGUGGAGUUCCUUCACUGCUAUGCUGGCCUGCUAAUGCCAGAUGACAAGUAUCCUAUCACAUCUACAGCUUUGAUGGAAUCGUUGGCCGGCGUACGCUCUGCUUUCCACUACCUGAACCGUGUGCUGGUGGUGCUGCUUCAAACGCUGCUGCAAGACGAGCUCGCAGAGGGCUACAGUGAGCUUGAUAUCCCCUUAUCUGAGAUCCCUCUUACCCUGCAUUCUGUAUCAGAGCUAGCGAGACUGUGUUUGCGGCCUUUUGAUGCUCAAGGUGAGGAGAGUGGCCAGGGGUCUGUGGAUCUGGCCGUGAGUGGCUUUGAUGAUGUGGUGACCAGCGAGUUCCUGGAGAAGCUUGAAACUGUCGAGGUGUUUGAGCUUGACCCAGAAGAAAAGGUCAGCCUGCUGGUAGCACUGUGCCACCGCAUACUAAUGACAUAUUCAGUGGAAGACCAUGUUGAUAGCAUGCAGCAACGGACAGCUGAAUUGUGGAAGGAGCGCGUGGCAAUGCUAAAAGAGGUCAAUCGCAAGAAGGCUGAGAAGAAGAAGCAAAAAGAGAUUGAGGGCAAAGCCCAAGAUGAGAAGAAAAAAAAAGAUGAGCCAAAGAUCAAGAAAGAGGUCAAGGUAGAGCUGGUGGACAUGAUCAGUUCAGUCAAGAGCAGGCAGCUGAUGAGCAUGCAGGCCAAGAGAGAAAGAGAGGAGAUGGACAAACAGAACAAAGAACGCAUGGAAGAGGCGGCUGAAGAAGAGCGACUGCGCAGACAAAGAGCUACUGCAGAAAAGAAUUUUCAAGAGGGUAUAACAAAGGCCAGACUGGUCCUGCGCAGAACUCCCCUGGGUACAGACAGAAAUCAUAACAGAUAUUGGUUUUUCUCUGAUGUUGUUCCUGGACUAUACAUUGAGAAAGGCUGGGUGCAUGACAGCAUCGACUACAGCUUCACCCCUCCUCUUGACGAAAAAACAACUGAGCCUGACGUGGACGACGAAGACGAUGGAGCUGACGAUGAUGGAAGCAUCGAUGGCACUAAUAAUGACGGCGCCCAGCCGGGGGCAGCAACCGACGUCUGUAUAGAAACUACUUGUCCUAAGCAGGGACAGAAUCUCUGGUUCAUAUGCGACAGUCCUGCUGAACUGGAGGAACUGGUGGACAGUCUUCAUCCUCACGGAGUUAGAGAAAGUGAACUGAAGGCAAAGAUAGAAAGCAGUUACCAGGACAUCAUACACUCCAUUAAUUUGACUCGAAAGGACAAAGUGGGCCUUGGAGUCCCUGAUGAGGACACGGAGCUGCUGAAAUAUUUACGCAGUGAUAUUCAGGAGAUAGCCUCACGCCUCCUGAAGGGCGGUCUGGGGUACUUUGAUGAUGACAAGGACAUUGAAGAUCAGCUGGAAAAAAUGGACAACUUGAAAGAAUUGGGAGAGUCCAUCAUCACCAUUCAGGCAUGUGUGAUCAAGAAGUUCUUGCAAGGAUUCAUGGCCCCCAAGCAGAAAAUGAAGAAAAAGCAAGCCGGGGAAGAAAACAAAACUGAAGAGGUCGAUGAGGAAAAGAAACUUGCAGAGGAGGCCAAGGUUGCAACAGCACUAGAGAAGUGGAAGACCGCUAUCCGUGAGGCCCAGACCUUCUCCCGCAUGCAUGUGCUGCUGGGAAUGUUGGAUGCCUGCAUAAAGUGGGACAUGUCUGCCGAGAAUGCCCGUUGCAAAGUUUGUCGAAAAAAAGGUGAUGACGAGAAACUUAUCCUCUGUGAUGAGUGCAACAAGGCCUUCCAUCUUUUCUGCCUGAGACCAGUGAUAUACCGCAUACCCGAAGGCGAGUGGUUGUGCACGGCCUGUCAGCCCACAGUGGCCAGACGAGGCACACGUUCAAGGAACUACAAACAAGACAGCGAUGAAGAGGAUGAGGAGGAGGAGUCUGAAGACGAAGACUCCGACGGGGAGGACGAUGACGAGGAAGAAUCUGAAUACAAGGCUUUGGGCCACAGCUUGAGACCAAGAAAGAAAGUUAAGCAGUCUUUGCCUGUGCAGAAAAGUAAAUCUAAAAAGAAGUCAUCUUCUACUAGUCACAGUGGCAAGCAAAGGACUGGUCCCAGUAGCCCUGCAGACAUCGAUGAACUGGUGCGUCAGAGCACCCAGUCAGGAGUGCGCAGACAAGCACUUCAGCUGGAGAGGUGUGAGGAAAUCCUUAAAAAACUGACCAAGUUCCGAUACAGCUGGCCCUUUAGGGAACCCGUGUCCCCAGAAGAGGCAGAGGACUAUCUGGACAUCAUUUCACAGCCCAUGGAUUUCCAGACAAUGCAGGGCAAGUUCAGCCAAGGCUUGUAUCGCCACGGUAACGAUUUCAUAGAGGACAUGAAGCUGGUCUUCUCCAAUGCCGAGGAAUACAAUGAGCAGGGCAGCACCGUGCUCUCCUGCAUGACCAAGACUGAGCAGGCCUUCACAGAGCUGCUCCAGAAGCUGCUACCUAGCCUAAGCUACCUCCGACGACGCUCACGCAAGCGCGUCAGUCGAGCUCCUGCGACAUCAGAGGAGGAAGAUGACGAUGAGGAGGAGGAGGAAGAAGAAGAAGAGGAGGAGGAGGAGGAGGGGGAGGACCGGGCACCACCAGAGAGAGGAAUUCAGAAUGACAAGUCAAAUGCGAAGAAAAGCAGAAAUAGACGGGGAGUGCAUGAUGAGGAGAGUGAGGAGGAAGAGGAGGAUGACAGCAAGAGGAGAAGUAAGAGGACCGCUUCCAAAGCGCCCAGGAAGGAUUACAGCGAGGAGGAUUGCGAUGGUGAGCGAGACACUCGUAGAACUUUGCAGCGGCGGGGCCAGACGGAGGCCGACAGGGUGAGCAGCGAUGACGAGGGGGCUGGGCGACAGCGACGUUCCAAGAGACAGAAACGCUCAUGAAGCCCAGGGAGCGAUUCGUUUUGUCAUCCUUCUUACUUUUUAGUUCUUGUCCAAGUGAUCAGACUGCUUUCCAACAGUCAGCAGGGAAUCAAACCUUGCAAUGACUCUUUGUCUUAUUAAAUUUCUGUUCAUAUUUUUCAAAAACGAUUUAUAUUUGUAACGUAAAAUUGGUGUUUAAUUUUUCUUUUUUCCUUCCAAUUGUGAAAUAAGACAUUUUAGAGAGGUCCUCACAGCUCUUCAACACACCUUUCUACACGUGCUUCUCAAAUACUGCUGGGAUUGAAUCAACGUGACUUAAUGUGCAUGGAAAAGCACAUUGGAGUCUUGUCACUUUCUCUGGGCUUUUUUUAAAUGUUCCCGUGUCUCAGUAGUGCACGUUUUGUUUUUGUUUUCGGACUAAAAGUACCAAGUCAGGUGUACGUGUAGCUAAGAAUAGGACCUCUUAUGCACCCCAUGAACACUUUAAAUAAUGUAUAAUAUGGAUGACAACAUAAAUAUCACUUCUCAGUCAAAUGCAAGUUUUGUACAGUAAACUUAAUUUCUCAAACCCUUUGGUUGGAUGCUGUGUUGUACUUUACUGCCCUAAUGUUGAGUUUUGAACCAGCAAGCGGACUUAACGAGUGUCAUCAUUUGGAUCUUCAGUUCACCAGUGGUCUGCCACUUUAAACAAAGCGGUACCUCAAGGUUCUGUCAAGUGCACUACUUUGUGUAAAAUGUACCAAACAAGCCAGCAGCUGCACGACCACUUUGCAAAAAAAAACAAUGUGCAUAAACAUUUGUAAACCAACAAAUAUGUUGUGAUGGGUAUUUUUGAAGAAUUCAUAUUUUUUGCACAUUUUAUUUGCGUUUUGUAAGUCAUGUCUGCAUUAAUGUUUAAUCAGGAAUCUUGUAUUUGUCCAGAGAACAUGUUUGGUAUUUUUUUAUUUUUUAUUUUUUACUCAUCUGUCCUGGCAAAAAUUUAAUCGUGCAUUUUUGCAACACCUCAACAAUGAUUUACAAUCAAAAAGCAGCUCCUCUUCACUGAGUCACCAGGUGGCGUUCCUCUCCUGUUUUCCAUCAGAUUCAGUGACUGCUCUUCUGACACUUAUCUAGCCACUUUGUCUUUAACAUCAUACAGGGAAGGAAAUUGUUUGUAACACAUCACUUGAACAUUCUCCUGUGUAGGUCUUCUGUUACACGACCAGCCUAGACGCUGACCUCUAUCCCCCCUGUGCCCAUUCUGUAAUGUAUUUUCUUGAUAGCUUCUUUUAUGCCACAAUGUUUGGGUGUUAGUCUCUGCUUUGCUCCACUUUUACAACCAGUAAGUGAAAUUUGACUGCCCUUCUCAAGAUGAGACCUGACUGUCUUUCACACACCCCUUUUAUAUGUAUAUUUAUAGUCUAGGCAGGUUUAAGGAGUAAUGAUGUGUAAAGGUUUUUCAAUAAACGCUAUGGAGCAAGA